AUGGUGGACAAGGCUAUAGAUCACACAAUGAAAAGGAAUAUCAAUGUCAAUAGACUGUCCUCUUCCAUUGAGUUGAUGUCAGUUUCCAAGCGUCCAGACCCUGAGAGCAAAAUGGUUUCAAGAGCUGCUGAGAUAAUGGGAAUGUCAUUGAUUCUGAUCCAAAAAAGAGUACACCAUAAAUACAGAAGAUCAGUGAAUGUUACUGGUCUUCUGUCUGUGAACGCGCUGAAAGCCCUUGCUACUGCAUCAGGGUGUUUACCUCACAUGCAGCCGCCAACUUGCCACAAUAGUUGUUUGGCCAGAAAAUACAGGUCAAUUAAUGGGAACUGCAACAACAGAAAUAACCCCAGUUGGGGGGCCUCGAACACUGCUCUCGUACGGUGGCUGGCUCCAAGUUAUGAGGAUGGAUUCAGCCAGCCGAAAGGGUGGAAUGCUGAUCACACAUACAGAGGCUUUAAGUUACCACUUGUCCGAGAGGUAACCAACAAAAUCCUUCGAAUAGCCAAUAAGACUAAAUUGGCAGAAGAUAGACUAUAUUCGCACAUCCUAGUUGAAUGGGGCCAAUAUAUUGACCACGACUUUGCCUUCACACCUCAGAGUGUCAGCCAAGCAGCUUUCCACAGUGGAGUAGACUGCAAGAAUAUGUGCCAGAAUAUGAAUCCAUGUUUUCCAAUUAAGAUUAUUACAAUGAGAGACUAUAUUCCGAAAAUCCUUGGUUCUCAAGCGUUUGAUCGGUUUAUGGGAAAAUAUGAAGGAUACAGUGAAAGAUUGAACCCCACCUUGUCCAACGUAUUUGCAACCGCUGCAUUCCGUUUCGGUCACACAACCAUCAGCCCGAGGAUACAAAGACUAGAUGAAAGUUACAAGGAGCACGCCACAUACCCAAGCAUAAACCUCCACAAGACCUUCUUCAGUCCUUGGCGCAUCAUUAAAGAAGGUGGCUUAGACCCGCUGCUCAGGGGGCUUCUGGCAAAGCCAGCCAAGCUGCAAACACCAAAUCAAAUGAUGAUCGAGGAAUUGACAGAGAAGUUAUUUGCUCUGACUGAUGCUGUAGCUCUGGACUUGGCAUCGCUGAACUUACAAAGAGGGCGUGACCAUGGACUCCCUGGAUACAAUGAAUGGAGGGAAUUCUGUAAACUUGAAAGAUUGGAAACCAAAACGGAUUUAAGGAAAGCAAUUUCUGAUUUAGAUUCUGUUGAAAAGAUAAUGGAUCUCUAUGGUCAUCCAGACAAUAUUGACAUCUGGCUUGGAGGCUUGGCAGAAGAUUUUCUUCCUGGGGCCAGAGUUGGUCCAUUAUUUGCUUGUUUAAUUGGAAAACAAAUGAAAGCUUUAAGAGAAGGCGAUAGGUUUUGGUGGGAAAAUCCUGGUCUCUUCUCCUCGGCUCAAAGAAAUGAACUUUACAAGCAUUCCCUGUCUCGUGUCAUUUGCGAUAACACUGCCAUCACUGAGGUGCCGCUGGAUGCUUUCAGAGUAGGGCAGUACCCACAAAACUUCGUAAAUUGUGACCAAGUCCCUGGGCUGAACCUCCUGGCGUGGAAUGAAAAUCCUCAACAAGUUGGAUCGUGUGGGCCUCCACCACAAAUAGAAGAUGGAGAAUUUGUGCUGUGCACCAGUUCUAGGCAAUCCAUUAUCUCGUAUGUUUGUCAUCAUGGUUUUUAUCUGCUUGGACCAGAGGAGUUGACCUGCAGUAUCAGGGGAUGGAGCAGUGACCCACCUGCCUGCAAAGACAUUAAUGAAUGUGAAGAUGCUGCAAGGCCUGCUUGCCACAGCUCUGCUAGUUGUGUGAACAUGAAAGGAAGUUACAGGUGUACCUGCUCAGAUCCUUACCUCCUUUCAGAGGAUGGACACAGCUGCACUGAUAAUGUUCUACAUCAAUAA